AUGUCAUCUGAGAGUGAAGUCUGUCAGGCUGUCCUAGGCUUCGUUACAGAAGGUGCCUAUCCCGAGGAAAAACUUGUUGCGGCAGAAUUCCCAGCGACAGCUCUUGCGAAAGAGCUGGAGCUUAUCGCGCAAGCUCGUGAACAGGUCGAGAAUGAAAUCAGCUCCUUGAGUCGCGAGAACACCUUCGAUGCCGACGAAUGGAUCGUCCAAGCAAAACAACUACAUGCGGAUAUCGAGCGCUCCCGAGUGACGGCGCGGGAGAUUGUCGAGCAACAUGAACAGACAGAUCCCAUUCGGUCCAAGGUCGAGGAUGCCAGCGCGAAAGUAGAACUGAUCGAGACCGAAAUAGCCUUCAACGAGGCAGUGGCAGGCACAUUAGAGGUGGUACAGCGACUAUGCCAGCAAUUGGAGGCUGCAAGAGCUUCUCUGGCUAGCGGUAAUAUUACAGCUGCUAUCGAACAGCUGGAGGCUAUCCAGGCAGCGCUCGGGGACAACACUUUCUUUGCCAAUACCAACGUAAUGAGCAUACUCACCAUCGAGGGUUCUCGUCUAAGGCAAGAGAUUGAAGAAGCAGUCCGCCUGCGCUGGUCUCAACAACUUAAUGUGGACCAAAAAAAUGGCGAGUUUCGGAUCGAGAAGGCUCAGGGUCCAGACUCUCUGCAAAGCACCAUUUCGUCUCUUGAACAACUAGGUACUUUCGCGGCCGUCAAUGAGAAGUUCCAGCAAGACCUCAUUACAACAAUUAUUGAUCCAAUUCUACAACCUCGCCGUGACGGCAACAGUCACGCUGUUACAGUCACGGAAGCUGGUAUUCACCUUGAUUCAGAAUCAUCAAAGGCAGCUGUUGCUGAAACCUUGGAUCGCAUUACCCGAGUUCUGGAUUACCUGCGACAGAACCUACCGUGUUCGAUUUCGGAUACGAUUCCUCAGUCCUUUCUCCCAGCUAUUGCUUCAAAAACGAUUUCAGGGUGGCUGUCUCCUGCCAUCCCAACCGACCUCAGUGGACUCGAUAAAUUUGAGGAAACACUGGAACUUGUCCUACAGCUUACAAAAACCAUCGAAUCGUGGGGCUGGUCCGGACACGAAGAGCUGAGUGGUUGGAUUAACCAGGCUGCUCGUUUGUGGCUGGCCAAGCGCCGGGUUGACUCGCUUGAUCGUGUGCGCAAAGUCCUUGCGGCAAGCACAGGCAGCACUAAGCAGGUUGAGCGAGUGGAGAAAGAAACUGUUACCCAGGCCGAUGAAGCGCUGUUGGAGAAUGCCAACACCGACGACUGGGAUGCAGAAUGGGACGAUGAUAAGGAGGAACCUAAUACCGGAGAAAGCGCCACUCAUGCCGAGGAAGAUGAAGAAGAUGUUAGUGCUUGGGGCUUGGACGACGAUGCUCAAGAUGACGCCAAGCCUCAAGCAACGGCCUCGACUAAUGAUGACGACGACGCCGACGAUGCCGACGAUGCCUGGGGAUGGGGCGAAGACGAAGAAGACAGUAAAUAUGAGCAGAACGAUCAUUCGCAUACUACUCCCUCAUCGAAGCCGACGACCAAGGAAAAGAACGAUGUGCAGCCGCGCGCGGAAAAAGAGGUGGUUCUGAGAGAGGUUUACACCGUGACCGACAUACCAGAGUCGGUUUUAAGGAUUGUUCUGCAGCAGAUUACGGACUCCAAGGACAUUUCUCAGCCACCACAUUCCACCUCCCGUGUUGCUUCCUCUGGCCCUGGUCUUCUUGCAUUGCCCACGUUGAUCCUGGCCAUGUUCAAGGCCACAUCCUCUUCGUUUUAUUCACUCAAACUCAACUCUGGGCAGAUGUAUCUCUACAACGACAGCUUGUACCUUGCAGGUCAAGUUCGUGAGUUGAUAGAGGAACAUGACCUUUCCAGACUCAGCUCCGAUGUGGAAUCCCUCGAAAAAUUUGGUAAACUUGCAUACAGUAAGGAAAUGCAAACGCAGAGUACUAUUGUCACAGACCUGCUUGAUGGAGCUCAAGGCUUUGGACAAUGCUCUGAGCAGCCAUACAGAUCAGAGUGUCAGAAUGCUGUGAGCGCCGCUGUUGACAGGAUCCGUGAUGUCUACAAAGAAUGGCAACCGAUUCUAUCGCAUUCCGCCUUGCUUCAGUCCAUCGGCUCUCUGAUAUCUACCAUGACCAGCAAAGUCAUCAUUGAUGUUGAAGAUCUCGGUGAUAUCAGUGAAGACCAGUCGAAACAACUCGUCCAGUUCUGUAACCAAGUUUCCAAACUCGAGGACCUUUUUACGCCCGAGACAACAAGCGAUGCCGAUGCAGUACCAGUGACUGCCGUAUAUGUUCCCAACUGGCUUCGAUUCCAGUACCUGAUCAACAUCCUUGAAAGCUCUCUCGCCGAUAUCAAAUUCCUUUGGUUGGAAGGUGAAUUGGGUCUGGAGUUCUCUAUCGAGGAGGUGGUCGAUCUCAUUGAGGCUCUGUUUGCCGAAUCCGAUUAUCGACGUCGGGCUAUUUCAGAGAUUCGAUCUGCUGCCGAGCCUGUGCAGAGACAGGUUCGUGUACAACUCACGAGCAAGCAGGAGGACAUUUCCCUUCCUGAAUCCACCGGUCCCAUUCUCGUGCCUACUGGCCUGCGACGUUAUGCGCUGUCGACAUUGGUGAACAACCUUCUGAGCAGCGAGAAGCCGAUCCCAUUCGAAUUUUUGAUCAACGGAACUUUUUUGCGUACCUCGAUCGAUGAAUACCUGAGUGCCAAUGGCAUCUCCUCCGAGACGACUCUUGAGAUUGAAUAUGUUCGCGCUUUGAUUCCCCCGCUUCACAUUGCCUCGUUCCAGCACGAUGACUGGGUCAGCGCAACCGAUGUGCUCUCUGCAACUGCACCCGCCGCAACCUGGGCCUCUGGCGCUACUUUCUCCAAGGGCCAAGAGAGAAUUCUUUCCGGUUCUUAUGAUGGAUUCCUUCGUGUUUGGAACAUGUCCUCUGAGACUAUCGCCACUUCCCCUGCUGCCACCGAGGGUGGCCACACGGCCUCAAUCAAGGCUGCUAAAUUCGUGUCUCCCAACCAGAUUGCCUCGGCUUCCCUGGACCGCACCGUUAGACUGUGGAAGUACACCGAGGAGGCUGAUGGCUUCUCUGGAAAGAUUGCUCCUCAGCUCGAGCUCUAUGGCCACAAGUCCGGAAUCGAGUCUUUGGCCGUGCAUGCGCCAUCUCACCGUCUCCUGACUGGCUCGUCCGAUAACAACGUUGGAUUCUGGAGCACCAAGAAGGCCGAUGCUCCUGCUGCUCCGGAGAACUUGCUUCCUUCUAACGCUGCUCGCAACUCCAAGCGACGCAAGCUGAACUCGUCUGUCAGCACAGCGCAACGCGGUCCUCUGGCCCUUCUUUCGGCUCACACCGGCCCCGUUUCGGCUGCCAUCUUUGACGCCAGAGAUUCCACCGUUGGAUACUCUGCGUCCUGGGACCACUCCCUCCGCACUUGGGAUCUGGUUACCGCUUCACUGGUUGACACUCGUACUACUGCACACUCACUUCUCUCUCUGGAGCACCUUCCCGACCACAACCUUCUCGCAGCCGGUACCUCUGCUCGCCACAUCACUAUGAUUGAUCCCCGUGCCUCUGCUACCACCGUUGCUGCUAUGACUCUCCGUGGCCACACCAACGCUGUUGUCAGCUUGGCCCGUGACCCGCACAGCUCACACGGUCUAAUUUCCGGUUCCCACGAUGGAACUGUGCGCCUGUGGGACUUGCGGAGCACCAAGACCGACAAGGAAGGCAUUGUCGGUGAGAGUGUGUACUCCAUUCCCCGCAAGAGUCUCGAGGAUGAAGGCAAGGCGGACUCCAAGCGUGUCGGAGGAGAGGGCGUCAAGGUGUUCAGCGUGUGCUGGGACGAAACCGUGGGCAUUGUGAGCGCGGGUGAGGACAAGCGAAUCCAGAUCAACCGCGGUGAGGGUGUUUUGUCCUCGGCAAAGGAGUAG